UGUAAAAUCCUUCAGCACCCAGCUUCAUAAAGCUGCCCUCACAGGGCUGAGGCUGCACCUUGCAUGGGCCAGGCCUGGCAAGGCAGGUCCCACUGAGAACGGUAGAGAGAUUUGCACCGCGCCCUGCUCUGCACUCAGAUGGGGAUGUGCAACCCCCCCCUAAAUCUGCCAAAAUAAGCCUGGGGCGGGGCAGGGUGAGCGGCCACCCACCACGGGUGAGAGAUAUGGAGGAGGGAAGGGGCACAACAGGGCUUAAGAGGCUGCAGUCAGGCCUGUGGUGAGAGGGGAGGCUGAUGGCUGGUCCAGCUGCUCUGCUCGAGUCCCUCGGGCACCAGGCAGAGGCUCUCCGCACACUGUGGGCACUGUGGGGAGGCAGGGAAGAUGGUGCAGCCACCCACCCUCCCUGCAUCCCCCCAAAACUUUCCCAGGUCCAAAGUGAUGGCACCGGCCAGCAUGGCCCAGCCUGGCCCUGCCCAGGAGGCAAAACAAAGGUGGCUAGGCUUGGCUGGGUCUCGGAGCUGGAGAAAGAGGAGAGACAAGCCCCAGGGAAAAGUCCUGAAGAAGAAGAGGAGGGUGGAGGCCUAACUCCCAUCAACCUAGGGGAGCCCAGGACACAGCAGCAGUUGCAGCUCAGGUUGAAGAGGCCUGAGACGCUGCGAGAGAAGGCUCUGUGCAGCAAGCUGUCCUGAGUAGUCGAUGCAACCACCCGGCUUGUAACAGCAGAGCAGACCUUCCUGCUCCCCCUUGUAAAGCAGCAUCCUUUUCCUCUCCACCCAAAAGAUAGCAUUGAGUUUAGAAACAUCUGUAGUCACAUGGCUUUACAAAGAGAGGGACAGCAAUUUGAGAAAGACUUGCAUGAAGCACACCAGUGUCUGAAGAUGAUCAUCGAGAAGCAUAUCUGUUCACUGGCAGUUUUCCCCUCAGAAUCCUAUAUCCCAGUCCGGUCUGCUCUGAGACAAAUCCUGCAAAAUCUCCUGGCAAUGUGAAACAGCAGACUGGCCAAGGAACGAGUAUUGUGCAUGAGCUGUAAUGGUUCUGUAAAAAUCACAGAUAACUUGAAAGGUGGAUCCUGGAGAUGUUACUGUAGCAAGAGUUCCCACUGACUUUACAUUAGUGGAGACUUCCCAA